AUGGACGUCGGCGCGACUUCAACAGAUGUUGCCAUGGGGGCGCGGUUGUUCCUGCGGGCGCCUCAAGCAGAGCUCUUGCUUCCUUGGGUGGAAAUGUAUAGACCCGCUUCAUUGGAUCAGCUUGUCUCGCGUGAGGACAUCGAGAGGAUGAUGGCCAAGAGGACGCUGCCGCACAUGUUGUUGCACGGCCCCCCUGGCACGGGCAAGACCAUGGCCCUUGCAAAGACAAUGUACAAGGAGCGAUACAAGUCCAUGACGCUGGAGAUGAAUGCAUCUGAUGCACGCCAUCUGAUGCACGCGGCAUCGACGUGGUUCGUGAGCAAAUCAAAACCUUUGUCAGCGUGA